AUGAUUUACGGCAAGGAUUUGGGUGUUGACUAUCCUGCCACAAAGCUGAAAUCUGGAGCAGGUGAUGCAGUUCUUCAUGUACUUGAUACUCUGGCAGAUGCUGCUCUCAUUCAUAUCAACUUUAAAUGGGAAAAGAUGGUUCCACCAGAAAAAGAAGACGACGAUGUUGCUGUUGAUCAGGAAGAAGAAGAAGAUGACGCUUCUGAGGUUAUCGAUGACGACUACAUCGACGACGACGAUGGAGGUGUCUACGUUGAUCUCUCAGCUCCACUGAACAAUGAACAACAGGAGGUUCCCAAACAAGCUAUACUCCACAGUAACACCGAUGUCAUUGCGUGGCGUGAAGAAGUUGAAAGAGUGACUCCGUUGCUGAAGAUUACAGUAAGGCAAGAUGCUAAGGAUUGGAGGAUGCAUCUUGAACAAAUGACGUCUCUUCAGCAAAACCUGACAGAUCUCAUUGAUGAGCUCUCACCAAAAUUGGACCAGGUAGCGAGUGAAGUAGAAAAGUCCUUGGAAAGGAUUGAGUCACGCGAACGAACAUUGAAUCAGCAAUUGGGGAUGUGGCUUUCGCGUUAUAAAGAGUCUCAGGACUCUAGAGCUGAAGUUAGGGAGCGAUACAAAGCUGCAUCAGGAGGAGUAACUGAAAGAACAGGAACACUGCAGAGAAUCUCCGAAGAUAUUGAUCAGAUCAAAAUGCAGAUCGAAGAACAAGGAGCGAAAACAAGCGAUGGAGCGCCAAUGAUGAAAGUGAAACAAGCGUUACUCAAGAUUGAAGAGGAUAUUCAACGAAUGAACGUGCAAAUCGGAGUACUCGAGCAAAAUCUUCUCCAAGCGCAGUUGAAAGAACGUGUUUCGUAUACGGCCGAAGCCUACGGUGUGGCAUGAGGAUUGUGUAUCUAUGUA